UUAUCCAUUUCACAUACUGCUUUCCUUAUUUUAUACAUGGUAGGUAUUUUGAUUAUAUUUUUCAAACACACCUCCCAUCUGCCAGUGGUUGAACUAACAGAUAGUCCACCAAAAACUGGCAGCUAAGGCUGAGUCAGUAUUGCAGGUUGGGAUAUUCGAACAGACCAAUGUUUUGAUAGCCUCACAGUGUUUUUUGUGGGAAUCAGCCGACAAACAUCUUACUUGUAGCUAUUUUACCUAAAACUACAUACUUCUUUAAAGAGCUUGAAUAUGUUUUUAACCUCUCUGAUAUCCUUCAAAAGAUCUUUUAACAGCUUUCAAUUUAGCAUUUGUUGGUUUUGUGUUUAGCACUGAAAGAGCGUUGAGCGCAUGUGUGCACAGGUGCGCGAAACAUUGUGCCACGGACGUUACGCUCCACAGCAGUGGAGUAAGAGCGCGAUACGCUGGAAAAGAAAGAGAGCGAGGGAGAUAAAGGGAGGGAGAGAUCGCUUUAAACAGACGUGGACGGCUGCCUGCUGCUCAUUCCCCUCAGAGCUGUAGCGCAGAUGAAGCAUCACUGCUGAGCUCACCAAAAAACAGAUCUAAAGAGGAAAAAAAAGCAGGACAGAGGCUCAUUAGUGAGAAAUCAUUAUCAGCUGGAGGAAGUGAGUGAAUGCGUGUGUGUUUGAGAGAGUGUAAGAAAAGAGGAAGACCUCAGAAGAGAGAAAAGAAGUGGAUUUAUGCUGUCCAGUCUUGACAUCCCUCCUUUCCUCCUCCUCCUCCUCCUCCUCUCCUCCCCCCCUUCAGCAGGCGGGAUUUUUGUGGCUGACCAUGCGAGGAUCCUCUCAGUGCUGCGGGAAUCUCCUCUCCUCCUCCGGACAGUUCUGCAGCUCUCGUUCAGUGGCUCGUUGACCCCGGCGUGACUUUGACGGUUGUCUUUUUCACGAGGGAACAUCUUGAAGAAAAAGCAGCUCAACUUUUGAACUGUGUAGACGUCUCCUUUUUCCUUGUGCUCAAUAAUUGAUGCCGUUUCUCUGCUGCUGCUUGGACGGAAUCAGGAAGGAAAGUCAGGACUGUGACCCCCGCAUGAUCCCUCAUUGUGUCCUCUCUGUGUUGUAGACUGCAUCUUCUUCAUCCUCCUCCUCAUCCAGCAUGCAGGUCUCAAUCGCUUGCACAGAUCACAAUCUGAAGGGUCGGAAUGGGGACCACGGGAAAACGAACGCCACCAGCCCCAACGUGGUCAACGCGGCACGGGCGAAGUUCCGCACGGUCGCCAUCAUCGCCCGGAGCUUUGGCUCUUUUACCCCACGCCACCACAUCUCCCUCAAGGAGUCCACCGGCAAGCUCACCGGCAUGAAGUACCGGAACCUUGGGAAAUCUGGAUUGAGAGUAUCAUGUCUUGGUCUGGGCACUUGGGUGACAUUUGGAGGGCAGAUUUCAGAUGAAGUGGCGGAGCAGCUGAUGACUAUAGCGUAUGAGAGUGGGGUGAACCUUUUUGACACCGCAGAGGUGUAUGCUGCUGGAAAAGCUGAAGUUAUACUGGGAAACAUCAUCAAAAAGAAGGGCUGGAGGCGAUCCAGUCUGGUUAUUACCACAAAGCUCUACUGGGGUGGAAAAGCUGAGACUGAACGAGGCCUUUCUAGGAAACACAUUAUUGAAGGUCUCAAGGGCUCCUUGCAGAGAAUGCAGUUGGAAUAUGUAGACGUGGUAUUCGCCAACCGGCCCGACAGCAACACACCGAUGGAGGAGAUUGUCAGAGCCAUGACCUACGUGAUAAACCAGGGCAUGUCUAUGUACUGGGGGACAUCACGAUGGACAGCUAUGGAAAUAAUGGAGGCGUACUCUGUAGCGCGGCAGUUUAACCUGAUUCCUCCAGUGUGUGAGCAGGCUGAGUAUCAUCUCUUCCAGAGGGAGAAGGUCGAGGUGCAGCUGCCUGAGCUCUACCAUAAGAUAGGUGUGGGCGCCAUGACAUGGUCUCCUUUGGCCUGUGGGAUCAUCACUGGAAAAUAUGAAAAUGGUAUCCCAGAAUCCUCUAGGGCAGCUAUGAAGUCGUAUCAGUGGCUGAAAGACAAGAUAGUCAGUGAGGACGGACGAAAGCAGCAGGCGAAGCUGAAAGAGCUCAGUCAUAUCGCUGAGAAGCUUGGCUGCACCUUGCCUCAGCUCGCCGUAGCCUGGUGUCUGCGGAACGAGGGAGUGAGUUCGGUACUAUUAGGAACCUCAAAUGCAGAGCAGCUGACUGAAAACCUGGGAGCCAUACAGGUACUUCCAAAGAUGACAUCCCAUGUAGUCUCAGACAUUGAUCAUAUACUUGGGAACAGGCCAUACGGUAAGAAGGACUACCGGUCCUAGGGGCUCCGGACACACGCUCGGGGUGAAGGGAGAUGUGUGUGUAGCAGUGUUCGUGCCCUAGUGGUUCCUGCUCCAAAUCUGUUUCCAUCGUCGGUCUGACCUCUCUCUGAAGCCUUAGAGUGCCGUCCUCCAUAACCUGUACCUGCAUCCCUUCAGUUUCUGCUGGUGUGCUUUCGCACCCAUGACAGGUGUCCAGGUGUCACCUUGUUACGGCACCUUGCAGGAGAGCUUCACUCACUUAUGAACCUUAUAAACACCCAUCAUGACCCAUGCUUGACCUCUGCUCUCAAAACCAUCAGUCACUGGGAUGUCUGGCGGUAUUAGCACACAGAGUGGAGGAACAGAGCAUGUCGCCCUCUUGUGUUUGAACGCAGCAACUGCAAAUCUGUUUCACAGACUGUAGAGCGCUGACUCAGUGGAACCAUGUGCAUUCGUAAAGAUUCGAGAUGUUUUGACUGUGCAGGACUAUAUUGAUAUUUUAAGGUGUAUAUGUGUGUUUCAUAAUGUGAGCCACAGGUACAUGUGGUGGAAAAAUAACUCAAUGCACACCUCUGACCUAGGAAAUUACUUGAAUGAGGGUAGCAUAUGUGAUUAUUGAACAUGCAACUGUAUUAUAAACCGACCUCAAUCCGCACUGCAGUAUAAUAUACAGUAUUAAAGUUGAUCUGACAUGCAUAGAGUAUAUAAUGCCAGCAGCCUAAUGCAUUUAUGGUAAUGUUUGAUUAUAAUUGAGUGACUUGAUUUUCCCUUAGUGGCAUUAAGGAAGAAAUUGUGAAAAAGAAGUGUGCUUAAUUGCAUUGAAUGUGCACUUGUAGUGUACUUGAAAUCUUAAAAGUAAAAACUACUUCUAAUUUCAAUGAAAUAAAAGGCCACUUACAUGUACUUAAAGAGAGUACACUUUCAUGUUUCAUAACACUUAAUUGGACUUUUAAUAUAUUUUAAAUCAUUAGGUUUUAAUGAUCUUUUGUCAUGUUUUAAAGAAGUACACUUCUUUUGAUGUGUUCACUAACAUACUAAAGCACAUCUAAAGUACUUGAUUAUAAUUGUGUUACAUUUUAAGUCACUAUAUUUUAAAUGUACUAAAUUACAGCUUCAUCCUUUACAAAUGUGGAAUUAAAAAUAUAUUUAAACUCAUGACAUACAAGUUUGAAUAGAAAUUGUAUGAAAUUAUUAUUUAAGUUUACCAUAAUUGCUUGUCGGGACAUUCAGCAGUACACUUUAACUAUAUUUCAAAGGCAAUAAUAUAAUAUAAUAUAAAAGAUGUACUUAAGUCCUACUUAAGUGGGUCAAAAUAUACUCUAAAGUUCAGCUAUAUGCAUUUAAUGUAAAUUUCAUACAUUUAUUUAAUGAUACAUUUUCAUUGAAUUAACAUGCGGUUAACUUACCAAAAAUAUUACUUAAGUUUAUUCUUUUAAAGUACAAUCUACAAAAUGCUGGGUUAAAAACAACCCAAGUUGGGUUGAAAAUGAACAAACCCAGCGACUGGGUUGUUUUAACCCAGCAGUUGGGUUAAAUAUUUGCUGAACCUGCUGGGUAGUUUUAUUUAACUCAAAAAUCAUUUAAAAAUGACUGUAUUGCUUGCUUAAAAUGAACCCAAAGUAUGUUGGAAAUUAAAAUUUAAUGAAUUAUAAUUAAACAAUAAACAUUAAAUUGCUUAUUAAUAAAUGUUCACCUUUUGAUUAUUAUUGUUGCUUCUAUUAAUUAUGUGUGAUUUUUAAUUUCCAACCUCUUUUGGGUUCAUUUUAAGCCAGCCAUAUAGUCAUUUUUAAACAAUAGUUGAGUUAAAUAAAACUGUCCAGCACGCUGGUCAAACAUUUAACCCAACUGCUGGGUUUGUUCAUUUUCAACCCAACUUGGGUUGUUUUUAACUCAGCAUUUUCUAGAGUGUAUAUUAUUUCCAUAAUAAGUACUCUUUUUAAAAGUAUGCUAAAGUGUACUUCUUUUUCACAAAGGAUAAUUCACCCAAAAAUGAAAAUCCUGUCAUCAUUUAUUCACCCUCAUUUUGGUCCAAACCUCAAUGAUUUUAUUCCUCUGUAGGACAUCGUUGAUAUUCAUUGUAUUGAAAGAAAAAAAGUGAGACAUUUAAAAAGAAAAACUCAUAUAGGUUUGAAUCAACAUGAAGGGUCUGUGAAUGAUGAGAGUUUUCAAUUUGGGGUGGACUGUCCCUUUAAGGAUCAAGGAGCUCCUAAUCUGCAUGGCAGCGUUAUGAUAUAAUGGGAGUGAAUUUGAUUGACUGUUUGCGGGUGCCUCAUGUUUGAUUCUAGCUCUUGCUUGCCCUACUUGAAAGCCAUACUUUAUCAUGCCCUAGAUAUUUUAAAGACUGACGAGCUGCUUUACCCUGUAGUAUUUACCUUCUCUGAGCUUUUAGAUCCACUUGAAACCUGAUGGAUUUUGGCUUGAGGAAACAAGAUGGCUCUGUACAGAGAAACUUCAACAAUAGUGUUCAGAGGAACACAGUGUGUACAUAGUGUACCUUUAGUCUCCCUGCGGAGUGCCUUGAUUCUCACCUGCAUGAACAUUAGGGCUUGCCCAUUCUCCCAUGGGUCCAUGAGUGUAAUACUGUGAGCUUUUCUCAAUUGUAAAUGAAGUAUUUUACAAAAACGAAGAAAUCACACCAUGUGGUGACUAUUGUUUUCUAACGUUUGUAACGUUGUUUCUGAGAAAAGAGGAGUUGUUGGAUACACAGGCUGUUCUGAAUCUCUGCAUCAGGGUCUUUUAUCAUAUCAUGCAUCUCUCUCCCUGUAUGGCAGCAGUGACUUCUGUAAAUAUAAAUAUGUAAACAGUACAUAGAGGUAGAAUAUAUGCUUGAAAUAAAAACACAUAAGGCCAGUAAA